UCUCGUUGAUCCCCGACACCCGAGGAUGCUCACUUUAUUCUGGAAACAUGGUUGAGGAACUAAAGCAGUACCUUCAUCGAAUUAUUAGAAGGGUUGAUGGCCUAUAUGCCAUCAUUGUGUCAGACAGGGAUGGUGUUCCUGUUAUUAGAGCUGCGACAGAAAAUGUGCCAGAAUUAGCCCUACGACCAGGAUUCUUGGCUACAUUCAGUACAGGGACAGACCAAGCUAGCAAAUUAGGGCUUUCCAGAAAUAAAGCCAUUGUCAGCAUGUAUACGUCCUACCAGGUAGUACAGCUAAGCAAGCUUCCACUUAUUCUCAGCUUUGUCGCCAGCAGUCAAGCCAACACAGGUGUUUUACUGGGCCUCGAAAAUGAGCUGAGUGAUUUGCUGAAAGACAUCAAAGCAGCCGUGGACAUCACCGUCUCGCAGUGAUUAAAGCAUGGCUCUCUAUUCUUGCCAAACCUCCCAGAUUUGAUCCGGCUUGUUGCGGCUGCACAGAGCCUGAAUUCAUGAUGCCCAAUGAGGGCAGUCAGUUUAUGACCUGUCUUUUUAUUCGUCGCGCAGUACUGCAGUAAUAGGGUUUAUGUCACGUCAGACUCACAUGGUGAUUCAUGAUGCAUUCAUGAUGCUGUUUAUGCAUGAGCACCUAAUUUCCUCUACUAGAAGACAAGGAAAUUUAAAUUAAGAGAAUAUAUCGACGAGCUUCGUUCGACAUUGUAAUGCAAAAUGGUAAAGAAACUCAUGUGUAUAUAGAAAGUACAAUUAUGGUGAUGAAUAUUGUGAAUAAGCAAAAUUGCUUAAAUAACAUGAAUAUGAAAAAGGAUAUAUGAUUUAGGAUAAAUAAUAAGCAUCUAUUAAAAUGUCACAUA